AUGGCCUCAGAAGGCCAUGCACGUCUGCAAGUCGGAAUCAUAGGCUGUGGCAUCGCCGGACUCUCCGCCGCCAUCGCGCUAUCUCGAGCCGGCCAUGAUGUCGAGGUUUAUGAGCGUUCGACAUUCAGUAAUGAGACUGGAGCGGCUAUCAUUCUUGGUCCCAAUGCUACUCGCGUCCUGACUCGAUGGGGAUUUGAUGCUGAAAAGGCAGGCGGUCUCGACUUCUGCCAAAUGCGUCGUAUCAAGGCAGAUACGCUUGAGCUGGACUCUGAACAGAAGUUCAGUAACAUCAAGGAGAAGUACGGCGACCGGAUGUUGCUGCUGCACCGCGCCGAUCUCCACACCGGCAUCAUGAGCAUAGUUGAGGCGUUGCCAGAGCCCAAGCCUAAGAUACACCUUGGAUCCGCAGUGAAGGACAUGGAGCCGGAGCAAGGAUCGAUAAUACUCGAGAAUGGCUCAACCGUCAGCAAGGACUUAGUCAUUGUCGCGGACGGCUCGCACUCAAGGCUCAUCCCUCGCAUCACCGGAUCCGAAGCACCAGUCAUCCGCCUGCCAAUGUCAAUGUACCGCUUCCUGCAGCCGAUCUCCGAUAUUAUGGAUCGACCAGAGGCUGCACAGUUCUACAAGGAUCAGCAACCCGGAUUCUCGACUUUCUACAAGGCUGCAGUGGGCAAGCCGGGUCACUUGCUCAACACAUACCCCUGUCGCCGUGGCUUUCAUCCAGCCGUCAAGGCUAUUUGCGAAGGAGCUACGGAUGUGAAGGUGUAUAACCAGAUGUAUCGGAAUCCUAUCGAGACGUUUGUCAAGCGCAGAGCUGUGCUAGUAGGAGAUGCUGCUCAUCUUAUGUUGCCGACGCAUGGUCAAGGCGCCUCGUCUGCAAUCGAGGAUGCUAUGGCUCUUGAGGUUCUUCUGAAGGGAGUAUCAAGCGACCAGGUCGUCGACAGGCUCCAGCUGUUCAACGAGUUGCGGCUACCGAGGGUGCGAGCCGUACAGACUUUCUCAAACAAGAUGAUGGGACCACCUGACAAGAUGAUCCAGGAAGUGAAACAGUACUUCAGUGGCCCUAUUCCCGCUGCUGGAUCGAAGACGUUUGGGCCGGAGUUCGUGGACUUCUUCUUGAGCUACGAUGUGAAGAAGGCAGCUGAGCAACUGCUCAAGGUCUGA